AUGGCAGAUAAACGUGUAAUUUCUCCUGCCAAGUCGGACUUCAUAGAUGUAGCUGACGACAACGACUCAAUAGAGGUCAAUUCUCCAAGUGGUGGUGUGAUCACUCAACAUGCAGACAACUCAACGAUUAAUGGUUAUGAAUCAUGUCAAUCGAUAUGUGCUGACAGGAGUAAAGAAUGCUUCUCUGAUGACUCGACGGAAAGGAUGACCUUAGCACAUAAGGUUUCGGCCUCAGGAGGGUUGAGGGUCCUGGAAGAAGAGUCAGAAGGUCUCAACACUACAGACAACUCAGAUAUCCAUGGAAGACUCUCUUCAGCACUCAGGGCAGCAGAAGAUCCAUGCACUAACGAGUCUCCAGUUCAAUCAGACAGCUCAGCAGUCUUACUCGCCACAGCCAAUGCAGUAUUACUUUCAGACUACUCUCAGCUUCCAGUAAGACUCCUGAUAGACUCAGGGUCUGAGCUGACGUUCAUCUCAUCAAGUGUGGUAAAGACUUGUCAUCUCCAACGUCGUCCAUCAGUAAUAUCAGUGCUGGGAAUUGGUAACGAACCAGCUGUACAAACUAGAGGAGUGACAGCAGUGACACUUAGAUCAACUCACACACAGGAGCAAGUUACAAUUAAUGCUCAUAUUCUCAAAUGUGUCACUGGUACUUUACCAACCAGACAACUCAAGGAACUCAACUGGUCAGCUCUCAACUCUCUGCAACUUGCUGAUCCAGACUACUCAACUCCAAGACCCAUUGACAUCUUAAUAGGAGCAGAUUGUUAUGGUCUGAUUGUGAAAGCGGGCAUCAAACAAUGUACGCAGUCAUCUCUAAUAGCCCAAGAGUCCAUCUUUGGAUGGAUGCUCAUUGGAAUGCCACAACAGACAAGAUGCUCAACUGUGAGAACUCAUCACGCAGCAAGGGUCAACUCAUACCAGCAAGUAUCUGAUCUCUUGACAAAAUUCUGGGUUCAAGAAGAAGUUCCAGAGACUUCAGCCAGCCAACUCAGCCCAGAUGAUCAAUCUUGUGAAGAUCAUUAUGUUACGACUCAUUCAAGAGAUCAAGAUGGGAGAUAUAUUGUGAGAAUACCACUCAAAGCAUCACCAUCUCUUCUAGGCAACUCAUCCGCGAGAGCUCAUCAGUGUUUACUACACAUGAUCAGACGACUCACAAAGAAUGACUCAUAUGCACAACUCUAUCACAACUUUAUGCAAGAAUACGAGUCACUGAACCACAUGACACGAGCCAAGGCAAGUCCAGUCAACUCUCCAGUGUAUUAUUUGCCUCAUCAUGGUGUCUUAAGAGAAGACAGUGUUACUACAAAGCUUAGGGUAGUAUUUAAUGGCUCUAGUCCAUCUUCUAGUGGUCUAUCAGUGAACGAUAUUCAACAUACUGGUGCCAAAGUCCAGAAAGACAUUGCAGACGUACUCAUUUGGAUCAGGCAGCAUAAAUUUGUGUUUACAUCAGACAUCACAAAGAUGUACAGGCAAAUCAAAGUCCACCAAGAUGAUUGGGAUCUCCAGAGAAUCCUGUGGGUGGACGAGCACUCCAAGAUAAUCCCAUAUCAACUCACAACGGUCACGUAUGGUACCAGGUCAGCCCCAUUUCUGGCUGUUCGUACAAUGAUCCAGCUAGUAAAGGAUGAAGGUCAUAAGUUCCCUCUAGCUGUUGAUCCACUACUAAAAGGAAGAUAUGUGGACGAUAUUUUUGGAGGUGCUGACACCGUGAGUCAACUGAUAGACAUCUCAACCCAAGUCAGACAACUCUGCAUGGCAGGUGGCUUCCCGUUAGCGAAAUGGCACAGCAACUCACUUCAAUUCCUUCAAUCAAUUACAGACAACUCACCAGAAGAGCAGAUCCACUCAUUUGAGAGCAGCAAAACGAAAUUACUUGGGCUCUCGUGGAUUCCAGCGAACGACUCAUUUAAGUUCAACUCAAAACCUCCUCGUGAGAAGUCCAAGCUCACAAAGAGAAUAAUUUUAUCAGAAACAGCACAACUCUACGAUCCACUUGGAUUUCUAGCACCCUUCAUUGUCAGAGCAAAGAUGUUGCUACAAGAAAUCUGGCUAGAUAAACUUUCCUGGGAUGACCAAGCCCCAGAUCACAUUAUCACCAAGUGGAACAGCUUCAGAUCAGAACUCUCACAUGUUUCAGACCUCUCAAUUCCACGAUGGUUACGGAUUACUCAGAAAUCGACCGUGGAACUUCAUGGUUUUUCAGACGCCUCACAAGCAGCUAUGGCAGCUGUUGUUUACAUACGGGCUACUCAUCCAGAUCAUGGAACUUGUUCAACUAUAGUCUGCUCAAAGUCUAAGGUUGCUCCAUUGAAGAAGAUGUCUAUUCCCAGACUCGAACUCACCGCAGCAUUGCUGCUUGCCAGACUAAUUACUUAUGUAAGGACCAACUUAGACAUUCAGCCAACUCAACUCGUAUGUUGGACAGACUCCUCAGUGACUUUGACCUGGAUUCAGUCUCACUCAUCCCGUUGGAAGGAGUUUGUGAGAAACAGAGUGUCAGCAAUUCAAGAUCUCACUCCAAUCAGCGUUUGGAGGUUUGUACCUGGCAAACAAAAUCCAGCGGAUUGUGCUUCUCGAGGUAUCAGCAUAUCCCAGCUUCGGAAGCACCCCCUGUGGUGGACAGGACCACAGUGGUUAACAGCAGACGAAUCAUUAUGGCCAACUCAAUCAUCAGUGUACGAUUCAAAAGCUCAGCAGGAAGAGCGGCCCGGGCUCACUUUACUUACUCAGACAAUUCAACAUGAUUAUCAUUGGGAUAUGAUAUACAGACAUUCUCGGCUAAUCAAAUUGCUCAGAGAAAUCAAACAGAUCAACUCAAAUUCACUGCCCGUCUCACACCCCCUCGCACGAUUGACAGCAUUUAUUGACACUCAAGGAGUCAUACGUGUUGGAGGGAGGUUAGCAAAUGCUAGCUUGGACCAAGAAGCAAAGCAUCCUGCAAUCCUACCACAGAAAACUCAUCUUUCCAGACUAAUCAUUGCAGAUGCUCAUGAAAGAACAUUGCACGGUGGGACGCAGGCAACUCUGAACCUCAUACGAUCAUCGUACUGGAUCAUUGGCGGACGACUCCCAGUACGAUCCUAUAUUUAUCAUUGUAUGAAAUGUGCUCGUUUACGUGGCGAACGAGCGAAGCAGUUAAUGGGUCAAUUGCCGUUAUCAAGAAUCACUCCAGCCCGACCAUUUGCCGUCUGUGGUGUGGAUUACGCUGGUCUCAUCACGCUAAAGACUUGGAAAGGCAGAGGCGCCAAAACAUCUAAGGGUUGGAUGUGCAUUUUUGUGUGCUUCGUUACUUCUGCGCUUCAUGUAGAAAUUGUAACAGAUUAUUCAGCAGACUCAUUUAUUGCAGCGUUCAGAAGGUUCACUGGACGUCGAGGUGUCUGCAGAACUCUCCACAGUGAUUGUGGCACCACAUUUCAAGGCGCAGACACGCUCAUCAGACAACUCUUCAAGCAGGGGACUCAACAGUUCAGUCAACUCGCAGCUGUAUUUGCAAAGGAUGGAACUGAUUGGAAGUUUAAUCCACCAGCUGCACCACAUAUGGGAGGAAAAUGGGAAGCUGCAGUCAAAUCAGUAAAGUUCCAUCUUAACAGAACGAUAGGCGACUCACUCUUUACAUAUGAAGAGCUUUCCACACUGCUUGUCCAGAUUGAAGCAGUCCUUAACUCCAGACCACUCGAACCUCUCUCAGCCGACUCUACAGACAUCUCAGCAUUGACUCCAGCACACUUCUUGGUUGGUGAACCGCUAGUAACAUUACCAGAGCCUUCACUAGAAGAUGUGCCAAUGCCACGCUUGUCCAGGUGGCAAUUUAUUCAGCAGCGACUCCAAUCGUUUUGGUCAACGUGGUCAAAACAAUACCUUCAGCAGCAACUCGCCAUUUCCAAGUGGAAACACCCCGCUCACAACAUCACAGUCGGCUCACUUGUACUACUCACUGACGAGAGGUUCCCACCAACGAAGUGGCCUCUCGCCAGAGUGAUUGAGGUGUUCCCAGGAUCAGACGGACUCAUCAGAACAGUCAAACUCAGGACAGCAACAGCAGAACUCGUCAGACCACUCACAAAACUAGUCAUCUUACCAUACACUCCACCAGCAGAAGAUCAGCAAAGGCGUUGCUGA